GGCGGGCUCCUUAGAGCGGCGAACAGCUUUUGCCCGGAGGACCAUGAGAGGGCCGGAGCCGGGUCCCGAACUCACGAUGGAAGGAGACGUUCUGGACACACUAGAGGCGUUGGGGUAUAAGGGACCACUGUUAGAAGAGCAAGCCCUUACCAAGGCAGCUGAGGGUGGACUAUCUUCACCUGAAUUUUCAGAGCUCUGUGUUUGGUUAGGCUCUCAAAUAAAAUCAUUAUGCAACUUGGAAGAAAGUAUCACUUCAGCUGGGAGAGAUGAUCUAGAAAGCUUCCAGCUUGAGAUAAGUGGUUUUUUAAAAGAAAUGGCAUGUCCAUAUUCUGUCCUCAUAUCAGGAGAUAUUAAAGAGCGUUUAAAAAAGAAGGAUGACUGCUUGAAACUUCUAUUAUUUUUAAGUACAGAGCUUCAAGCUUUACAGAUAUUACAGAACAAGAAACGUAAAAAUUCUCAAUUAGAUAAAAACAGUGAAAUUUAUCAGGAAGUUCAAGCUAUCUGCGAUACGCUUGGUGUUCCCAACUCAGCAACUUCUGACAUUCCACUUAUGUUAAACCAAGUGGAGUCAAAGGUGAAAGAUAUUCUUGCAAAAGUCCAGAAAAAUCAUGUGGGAAAACCACUGUUGAAAAUGGACUUAAAUCUGGAACAGACAGAACAACUGGAAAGAAUCAAUGAUGCUCUUUCCUGUGAAUAUGAGUGCCGUCGGCGGAUGUUGAUGAAGCGAUUGGAUGUAACAGUGCAGUCCUUUGGAUGGUCUGACAGAGCAAAGGUGAAAACAGAUGACAUAGCAAGAAUUUAUCAGCCUAAACGUUAUGCUUUGUCACCCAAGACAACCAUUACAUUGGCACAUUUACUUGCUGCUCGUGAAGAUCUUUCCAAGAUCAUUAGGACAAGUAGUGGCUCUAGCCGGGAGAAGACGGCAUGUGCCAUUAAUAAGGUGCUGAUGGGAAGGGUGCCGGACAGGGGAGGACGGCCGAAUGAAAUCGAACCACCACCCCCUGAAAUGCCACCUUGGCAAAAGAGACAAGAAGGCGGCGGAAGGGGUGGUUGGGGUGGUGGAGGUGGAGGUAGAGGAGGUGGUGGGGGUGGAAGAGGUGGCUGGGGAGGUGGUGGGGGAGGGGGUGGAGGGUGGGGAGGAGGUGGGGGAGGGGGUGGUAGAGGAGGAGGUUUCCAAGGCAGGGGAGAUUAUGGUGGGAGGGGAGACUAUGGUGGGAGAGGGGGCUAUGGUGGGAGAGGAGGCUAUGGUGGAAGAGGUUAUGGAGAUCCAUAUGGAGGAGGUGGUGGUGGCGGAUAUAGAAGAUAUUGAAAGGUACAAAAAUUAGCAGUGCUUACUUUUUGAUAGCUACAUUAGGUAUAGUGUUCUAAAUAACAUAUUUGAAUGUCAUCUAUGAAGUAAACACUGUUAGAUUCCUUGAUAUCAUUCUUGAAUUGGGUUAAUAUGUAAGAGCAUUGUUUUAUACUAUAUGAUCCUCUUGGACAGAGUGGUGAAUUUUUUUUCAUAUCUGUGUACCCUUGAGCAUGUUAUGUCUUUUUAAAAAACAAAAAAGCAAAGGCUAUUUUUAAAAUUGUAAAUAUUACCAUCAGACUUGGAAAAAUGGAAAGUAUUUUAUUGUCAUGAUUGAAUUUAGAUUGUUACCUGUAUUUUAUUCAGGUUCGACACACAUAAAACAGACCCUACUUGUUAUUAGACUGUUGCCUCAUCUGUAUUCCUGUGUUUUAUAUUUAUUAAUUUUACUUUAUAAAAUAGGGAAAGGGACUGAUAGUUUUGUUCAAUAGAUAGUUGUCAUGGCUUGUUUUUUCUUUUAUAGGAAAUGAUUCCUCUGCCCAGGUUUCUGUUAAAAUUCCACUAAUUGAAGCCUGAGUCUACUUUUUGGUGUGCAUAUUUGAUUUAUUUUCCAACUGGAUUUGAAAUUUGUGAUUUUGUUUGACAAAGCAAAGUUUGAUUGAGGUCAGAAUUACUCUAAAGGGACAAAGACAUGAACCAGUUUUACAUGAUGGUGUAAAAAAAAUUCUUAUAAAUUGUUUCUUCAUCCUUUGGGCCAUCAUUUUAGAUAUUAGAAUGUUAAAUGGCAGGCUGAACUCUAUUACAUAGGAUUAGAGCAGUACUUUCCAGUUUUAAUAAAUCAGAGGUAGGCCAAGGCAUCCCUUGGUAGUUCCGAUUCACAGUUAGAUUUGGAAAAUACAGUGUUAGAGAAGCAUUAUAUGUGGUUGGAGCAGUCAAAGGCUUGGUGACCAGAAGCUGUGAAUUUGAAUUAUGGCGCUAGCUGAGGGGUGCUAUGGGCUAAAAUGAUCAAAGAUCUCAAGGAUUGAUAUGUCCUCAUUUGUCAGAUGAGGAAUGUAUGUGAUGCUUGAGCCCUACCCAGGUUGUUUCAUAUAGACCUAAGUACAAGUGAAAUUUGUUGGGAAUUUAUAGUGCGCUUAUUGUGAAUGGUUUAAGAAGUGGGCCAAUUUAUGUAUUUUUCUCUUAAUGUAGAAAGAGAAAGUGAUAGCCGUACAGAUUUUUUAAAUUCCCACUGUAAAGCCUGUAUCCCGAUGUAAGCUUCUGUUCAACACCUGUGCAUAACAACUUUCUAUGCUCUAACCACCUCAAUAGAUAGAAUGCUGAGUACCAGUGGAUGUUGGUAUUUGGCAGUUCUUGUUGUUUUAUUUUGUUUUAUAGUAAACCCUGUGGUGAAACCUAAAAUAAUGUUAAAACUUUAAAAGUAAACAUUGUGUGUAGUCUUGGCCAUGUGUUUUUCAAGAUAACCCUUCAAAGAAAUUUGUUAAGUAUAGGAAAACAAAUGUUUUUGAUUAUUUGUAAACUUAGAUUAUUUUUUAAUGUGCUUAUAUUUAAUGAAAAGACUUAAUUUUAUUUGUGAUUGUUGGAGAAGAAUGUUUUUCAUAAUUAAGAAAACAUUUUUAUCAGUAGCUAUGAACUCUAAAAAAUAAUUUUUAAAAAUAUGUAAGCAGAGACCACUGGAGUAAAGUAUUUCAAGAGAGUUUCUAGUUAAAACGUUCAUUUAAAACUUUAACAUUUCUGCUUUAUUUCUUUUCGGAAGCUUUAGUUGCUGACGUAGAAGGGGCUUAUAAUUACCUUCAAUUAUUAUCACUAAAGGUUUAUGAAUAAUGACAGAAACAGUAGUUCAUCAAUUUCUGUAAGAUUUCUUUGUACCUUCAUAGGAGUGCUGUUGGAUUAUCCACAGGACUCACUGUAAAUUUUAUACAGGUUUAGCACUUGCUCCUGCAAUCAUGUCAGAGCUGGAGCAACACAUUUACACAUUCCUAUAAACUUCAUGUGAAUAAAAGCUGAGUGGUCUAGA